UAUUAAAUAUUAUAUAUAUGAUCUAACAAGCUUGAUGUAAUUACACUUUAGUAUUUAUAAGUAAUAAUAUAUUACACACUUUCACACACGUGUAUAAAAAUAAAAAAAUAUCAUUCAUUAUUGGACAAGAUAAAAAGAAAGAAAAAAGAAAUGUAUUUUCAAUAACGAUUGAUCGCUUUGUGUGCAAUAUUAAAAAUAAUGAAGUAAAAUAUAAAAGAUGCCUCUUAAACAAAUUGCAUAUGUAAAUAAAUAGACAAAAAUAGAAAUAUCUUAAUUAUUGUCAUUGGUACUCUUGCUAUUAUUGUUAUAUAUACAUAUAUAUAUAUAUAUAUAUGAAAGGAAAUAUUUUUACUAUCUCAUCGAAUUUCAAAUACAGACACAUACACGUUCACACAUACGUAUAUAAGAAAGAAAAAUAAUUUUAAAAAACCAAAUUUGGAAUCUUAUAAAUAUUAAGCCAUAUAAAGAAAAAAAAAACUUUGACUUCUGGUAUAUUUCACGUGGUUGAUGCAUGAAUUAUUUUUUUAAGAAAUGUUGGAAUAAAUCAUUUAUCCUAAACAAUCGCAGUUCCAUCUUUUGUAUGAUCCAAAGAAAUUGUUUUUGUACUCUUUGAUUAAUUGGAAACAUUGAUUUCAUUUUUAUAUGAAAAUUUAGACGAAAUCAAUAUUAAAUCGAGAUUGUAAAUUAGAUGAAGAAAUUGAAUGUUUUAAUUGUAAUUUUUCGGAAAAAUAUGUUGAUGACAAAAUGAAUAAACAAAUAAGAGAUAGGAUCCAUUGACAUAGAAACAUUAGAAAUCUUUGACAAGGAAAAUAAUAAAAUAAUAAAUAAAAAAUAAAUAAAAGGUAUAUGUGUUAUUGUAAAAAAUGGUGUUUGACGAGCGUGGAAUGAGAUGUAAUAUAAUAUCUCAUCAUUUCAUGGACCGCGAGUGGAUGAUCGAUCGAGCCCUGCGCGUUUGAGGGAUGCUGGCCAUAUUCCCCAAUCUUCCAUCCAAUCCCAGUAGUGAACAACCCUCCCUUGUUCAAUGCGACGAUUAAGGGUUCGUGAUUAGGAACUGGAGGAUCACCCAUAGACCGCCAUGUUCUCCUUGUGUUCCUCGUAGUUUAGUCUAAUCAUUUUCUAAUCAUUUUUAUUCAUAUUCUUAUUCUAUUAAAUGGAUUAUUAUUCUCCAAUUCCGGAUCAAUUUUUAUAUUAGUUUCCCUGACAAUCCUAAGGUUUUCCUUAUUCAACGAGAAGAAGAAGAAGAAGAAGAAGAAGAUCAGUAGAGUCUCUUCCCCAGGAAGAAGGUUCGAUCUUCUAUUUUAAUUUCAUCUGUGAAAGAAAAGAUAUAAUUCGAUUUUAUUCGAAAGAAAAUCUUUCAACAAGAUGACUAGUUUCAAAGGAUUUUAUAUACCAUCGUUUGGGGCGACAGUUAACGUUGCUUGGGAAACAUUAAAAGCUAAAUGGCCAGAAAAUAGUCCGUGUAUGGAAUUAAUUCGUGGUACAGGCAUGGCUGGUCAAGGUGAUCCUCAAGCUCGUACAGGUGAAUUUAAAUCAUUCGGAGAAGGUGAAGAUAAUACCGAGAUGACAAUGAUGAAUGGUGAACAAGCACAAAGAGAACAGAACAACGUUGCUGUUGCUGAAGAUUCAUUUAGUUAUCAGAGAAAUGGAGACAAAGGCAGAACAGGAAGUUUAAGCAGUGGAGAGUUCAGCGAAUAUGACGAAGGUGGUGGAGAAUUCGGUGGACCUGGUGUGAAGAUUAAUGAGUGGCAAGCAGCAUGGAAUGUUACCAAUGCCAUUCAGGGUAUGUUCAUCGUAUCUCUACCAUUUGCAGUACUGCGAGGUGGUUAUUGGGCAAUUGCAGCUAUGGUCGGUAUUGCACAUAUUUGCUGUUACACCGGUAAGAUUCUCGUUGAGUGUUUGUAUGAGUUAGAUACAGUAACAGGGCAACGUGUCAGAGUACGAGAUUCCUAUGUAGCCAUUGCUAAAGAAUGUUUCGGCCCAAGAUGGGGUGCAAGAGCAGUCAACAUUGCACAAAUAAUAGAAUUGUUGAUGACCUGCAUCUUAUAUGUUGUUGUUUGUGGUGAUUUAAUGAUUGGCUCUUUUCCCGAAGGUGCUAUCGAUACAAGAAGUUGGAUGAUGCUGAUAGGCAUAUUUUUACUUCCACUUGGGUUUCUUAAAUCAUUGCAACACGUUUCUAUGCUCAGCUUUUGGUGUACAAUGUCUCAUCUUUUCAUUAAUUUCAUUAUCGUCGGUUAUUGUAUCUUGGAGAUAGGUGAUUGGGGAUGGUCCAAAGUUAAAUGGACUAUUGACAUGAAAAACUUUCCAAUCUCGCUUGGUGUAAUUGUAUUCAGUUACACCUCUCAAAUCUUUCUACCUACGUUAGAAGGAAAUCUGAUAGAUCGUUCCAAAUUCGAUUGGAUGUUAAACUGGAGUCAUAUAGCUGCUGCAGCCUUUAAAUCUCUCUUCGGAUGGAUUUGCUUUUUGACUUUUCAGAAUGAUACGCAACAGGUGAUAACGAAUAAUCUUCACUCGGCUGGAUUCAAAGGCUUGGUCAAUUUUUGUCUAGUAAUCAAAGCUGUAUUGUCUUAUCCUCUGCCAUAUUAUGCUGCCUGUGAACUCCUCGAAAGAGCAUUUUUCAGAGGUCGACCGAAAACUAUUUUUCCUACAAUUUGGACAGUCGAUCGAGAGCUCAAAGUUUGGGGUUUAGCAUGGAGAGUCGGUGUAAUUGUCUUUACCAUUCUCAUGGCUAUAUUCAUACCACAUUUCAGUAUUCUCAUGGGUUUCAUUGGCUCCUUCACUGGGACCAUGUUGUCUUUCAUAUGGCCUUGCUACUUUCAUCUGAAACUUAAAAGAAAUUCUAUGGAAUGGAGUGCAGUGGCCUAUGAUUGUUUUGUCAUCUUUUUAGGUAUACUCUUUGGAGUUAUCGGUGUAUAUGAUUCUGGCACUGCUUUAAUCGAUGCCUUUGAAAUUGGUUUACCUUUUUAAAUGUUUCCUAUUAUUAUUUCUAUUUU